AUGGCUGACAGGGUUACCUUUACCAGCGGCAUCUUCUACAGCAUGGGGGGCAUAAUGAUGAACGUCGGCGGAAUCCUCGAGUCCAUUCUCGGCAACACAUUCCCAUGCGCCGUCUUCAUGUCCUUCGGGACCUUCCUCAUCGGCCUGGCCAUAACCCUGACCCCGGCACACAACGCAUCUACCGCCUUCGACCCAUCGAACCCCAUGAACCCAGGCUUCGAAAAUUCGUUCAGCCCCUUUUUGGGUAACUCGCCACUUAUUCGUAAGAUUAGGUACACAAUGUCAUCAAAAAGCCAACUGCGCCCGGUGCAAUGCGGGAAAUAA